AUGGCGGAGGCGACCGCCGGCGAGCAUCCCGUCAUCGAUCCGUCCUCCUUCGACCUCGUCGUCUCGGGGACUGGCCUCGUCGAAUCCCUAGUGGCCGCCGCCGCGUCGGCCUCCGGCAAGUCUGUCCUCCACCUUGACUCCAACCCCUACUACGGGGUCCACUACUCCUCUCUCUCGCCGCAGUCCCUCUCCUCCUUCCUCCAGCAGAAUGCUCCCGCCGCCGCCGACGACGAUGACGGCCCGCGCCAGCCGGCGCCGAAGUCGUCUGUCGGCGUUGCCGUGGAUCUUCAGCCCCGCCGGCUGUACUCUCACGUGGAGAUUGCGGGCGAGGUCCCCGAGCCUUCUAGAGGCUUCCUCCUCGACCUGUCGGGCCCCAGGGUCCUCUACUGCGCGGAUCCGAUGGUGGACGUGAUGCUGCGGUCGGGGGCUAGUCACCAUAUCGAGUUCAAGAGCGUUGAUGGGAGCAUGAUCUACUGGGAUGGGAAGCUCCAGAUGGUGCCUGACUCGAGGGAGGCCAUCUUCAAGGAUAAAAGCCUCAGUCUAACUGAGAAAACUCAGAUGACGAGGUUUUUGAAGCUAGUUCGGGAGCACAUAACCUCAGAAGGGGGAGAAGGCGAAGAGGCUAGCAAGAUAUCGGGGCCGUACCUGGAGAUGCCAUUCGUAAAGUUCUUGGAGAAGCAGAGGCUGCCACCGAAGAUCAAACUGUACGGACAUAUUCACCUUUAUUUCUUGGGCUUGUGUGCCUCGUAUUUAGGAGUUCUAUAUUGUGUAGUUGAUCCAAACGACUGCCAACGUACCCGAGUAUGUCUGCACCUUUUAAGUUUUGACCUCUCUCAUUCAUCCUUAUCGAUGAAAUUAGGAAGUACAGAAUAUUCAGGUGCAGAUUGAUGACGGGUUUGCUAGAUGUUACUGCAUUCUGAAAAUUAAAUCGUCAUACCGAGCUUGGAGAAUCAUUGGAAUGAGCAUAAAAAAAUUAUAGAUUGACCUAUUAAGGAUUUCAUCUCAAAAAACUGAUAAAGAUUUGAAUUUUCAGGAUACGAUGUAGGAUUUUAACUACUCACACUACUUAGCAAGUGGUUAUUCUCAGCGAAAAGAAGUAUCAUGUCCAUCAUAUUUAAUCUCAAACUAAGAUCAAAUUUCAUGUAAUGGAGAACUCGACGCAAGCUGUGAAAAAACGUCUUCCUGACUAAAAGGGAUAAGAUUCAUCUGUCAUUCCUCUUAAAUUUUAGCACUUUGCAGGAGUUUAUUGUGCUCAAUCCAAAUUUUCAAAUGGCUCCAGCUGAGGAUUAUUCGAUCGGCGUUGCCACUUUGUUGAAUUAGAAAAUGUCUGCUGCAGCCUUUGGUGAAUUCUGUCAAGACCAUCACGGUCAUGUGAUCCUUGCUUAAGGCCACGCUAUGGAUUCUGUUUCGCCUAAUCAUGAUUUCAAUUAGGAUCUCAAGCUUAAUGUGGAUGAAAUGACAUGUAUUUCUGUCUUUUAUAUAUUUAAAGAGUAAGGUUUUCAUCUUUCUCCUUACUGUCAAUUCAAAGUUUGGGGGCGGGGGGCUUAAUUUCCCUAUUUGUGAAACGUAACUGUUGAUUAUUUUUCUUUUUUAGGAUUGUUCUAUAUGCAAUUGCCAUGGCAGAUUAUGAUCAGGAUAACCCAGAAAGCUGCAACAAACUGAUGGACACAAAAGAGGGACUAGAAAGCUUAUCUCUUUACAGUUCAUCCAUUGGAAGGUCAACUGAAGUCUUUUAUUUAAUUUUAUUCGAUCAUCUGAACUAUCAUUCAUACUCUUGACAAAAAGGGCCAGGGAGAAUAACUCUCAUUAUAGUCGCAAUUAAAAAUAACCUGGUCAUUUAUUUAUUUUUCCUUUGUCAUUGUAACGAUAUCAAGCUUAUCUCAAUGUCUUAGCCAUAAAGACAGAACAUCACUGGGUCCUGAAGAAAUCGUGAAAAUAUUUGAUGUUUGAUGACGAUUCAGCUAGUUUUAUACGUCAUCCUUCCAAGCUUCCCCAACAUAGCAGCCCACACUGUCAUUUUUUAGAUUAAUGCAUUGAGAUCAAAUCCUUCAAAAUCAUUUAAUUGCCCCAAAGGCAGCUAUGCCACUCAUAGCCCUGUCCUCUGAACAGAAAUCUGACUUACAUUGGAAAAUCUGUCAUAGGUGCAAGCUCAAGCUCACUUAACUGAUACUUGUCGUCAGGCAUAUAUACUAGUAUCAUGUAGAUUUAAUAUUGAAGGAGCAUCCAACACCAUGUAUAAUAUUGAAGAAUUUUUCUGACGGUCCUGAAUAACAUCGUGUGUGGUUUCAGAAGAUUAUGUUAUUUUCUUCCUACUUGGUGUCAUCAUAUCUUGAUGCAUAUAUUUCUGGUAUUAAUUUUAUUUUUUUAUCUUCGAAGCCCACUGGAAGCAGUUGAGUGCAUAUUUCCCAGUUCAUAGAUGUGAUUGAAACUCCUUUGAUUUCUACUGUGAUAUCUCAGUGCAUAAACGGCAAUACUUGCUCAUACAAGUAACCAUAUGCACCCUCAUUACCUGUUUGCUUUAAACUUUGUGAACACAUUUUCACCUCUUAUUUACUUACUUGGUAAUAUAAUUUUAGGUUUCCUAAUGCAGUGGGUGCAUUAAUUUAUCCAAUAUAUGGCCAAGGAGAGUUGCCGCAGGCCUUUUGCCGUCUUGCUGCUGUUAAAGGUGCUUUGUAUGUGAGUUUUUGGACUUCGGUACUAUAUUUCUUGGGAGCAUCAUCUAAUCUAACGUAUAGUGAUAAAAAUCCGACGUCAGAAGUGUCUAGGAGAUUAGGUAUUAGAACUUGUACGACGCCACAGUGUGCAAAAUUUAGGAGCCUACUUACUUUCUCCCGAAUAGGCAAUAGUGGAAUUUAUUAUUAUUAUUAUUAUUAUGAUGAUGAUAGAAAUUUUCGUAUCUGAGUCCAAAUGCAUUAUCGCAGGUCCUACGGAUGCCAGCUUCCAGUUUGCUUUUUGACAAGGUAUAUUAGUUAUGUGUUGCUUUCAUUUUAUUAAUGCAUCACCUGAUCCGUUGAUCUCUCUUUCGCGACUUUUGAUUCAAUCUACUGUAUUUCACUCCUCGCUAUUAAAUGUGGUUUGUUGGGGACUGUAACGGAACCCAAGGUUUUAGUUAGAACGGAUCUUUAAGGAUAUCAUCUUAAACUAACCAAUAAUACGCCAUUACUUUUUUAUUCACCUAUUGAUGCAUUGAACCAGAUUUUCCUCCAUGAUUCGGUGCAUAUUUCUCACAUUUAGAUUGUCUGUUUCAUGGGUUUUAUCCCUUGUUUUUGCUGUUUUCAACACAAACGUUUGAUGAACAUGAAGAAAUUUACUGAUCUGACGGAGAUUUACUGGCCCAUAAUGAGAAUUUUUCCUAGAAAUUUAUCAACUGUCAACUUUUCCUGCAAUCUCGAGCGUUAUCUAAUCCCAUUUUGGGGUAUAUAUAUAUACAUACAUACGUAUAUAACCUGACUUGAACAUAUGUGCUCAUAUUCAAGCAAAGAUGUAACAUUUUUUAUCUUACUGAAAUAUGAACGACAAUUCUCUCAUCAAUUAGCAUAUGCUUUUUAUAGACGAUGAAUUAAAAAUGUAUAUUGAGUUUUAUCUCCAUGUAUACUUUUGUGGUCAAAUCUGAAUGCUUACUCCACCUAUUAGUUUCUUUUUUUAUUUCCCACUGUAUUUUAUUUUAAAAUGCUAUUUUUUCUUGAAAUAAAAGAGACUCGUAUCUGCCUUGUGAAGCUCUUAAGAAAUCAUUCUCUAUCUUCUCAGGAAGACAAAGCAUAUAAAGGGGUUCGAUUGGCAACUGGGCAGGAUAUAAACUGCCAUCGGAUCCUCAUGGAUUCAUCUUCCGUGGUUCCUCCUCCUUUCCCUUCGCCAGAUCCUCUAGAGAGCACCAUUGAAGCUAGCCAUGCUUCCAAGGUUGCCAGGCUGGUCUGUAUAACGAGGAGUUCUCUACACCCCCAACUAUCAAAUAUCCUGAUAAUUUUGCCCCCCAGAUGUAAGUUUCUUGUUGUUCCUUUAUAUAAAUAUUAUUUUUGGAAUCAAAAUAAUUGCAGCAAUGAUGCAAUGUGAAUCUGGGCCGUCAAUCGUAUGCACCCUCUCUGACUAGAUCCGUCCUUGCAGCUCUGUUUCCUGCCCAGGAAACAUCGAUCCGGGCCCUUCAACUGGGAAGCGGCCUGGCAGUUUGUCCGCCGGACUUGUAAGUUUCCAUAAAUGGGAAUGAAAUGGAAGAUUGUUAGAACCAACUUGGUCAACUAAUAGUUUUAGGCUUUUUUUUUCUCUGAAUCUUCCCUCAGCUUCGUUGUGUACUGUUCAACCAAGUGUGACGAUGCUAUUCGAGGAAAAGAACACCUGCUUGCCGCCAUGAAUGCCCUCUUCGAGCUCCCAGGUGGGAAGAACGAGCAGGAUGAACACAGUGGAGAUUUGUAUAUUAAUGAAAACACCAGCAAGUCAAAGCCAGUUUUAUUGUGGUCUGCGUCAUAUGUUCAAGAGCUCACGGAGGUCAACAUUUUCUUUAUUUCAAAAAAAAAACUCCAUAAAAAAAAACCUUCAAAUAUUGAUAAAUUAUUGUGUACCGUAGGUGGCAGAGGGCUGUUCUCUGAGCUCUUCACCCAUGCCUGACGGCAAUCUUGACUACGGAAGCCUUCUGAAGUCAACGGAGAAGGUAAACCCCCCCCCGCCGCCCUUUCCGUCAGAUGCAUGAAAUCUUUUAUGCAUGUAUUAAAUGGUUUUUUUCUUAACAUUUUGAUGAAUGGAAUUCAAUGUUUAUUGCCGAGUGUUGGUCAUGUUCCACAGCUGUUUCACAGCUUGUACCCUCAGGAAGAGUUCUUCACUGCGAGCAGACCUUCCGAGGAAGAGGGAGAUGGCAUCACCGAGGGUUGA